GGUAGCUCUCUUGGUUUUAAUCUCUGCGUUGAUCAUGAAUGUUUAGCAAGAGAGAUAGGUAGAUUCGUACCAUGCGCAUUUAACCCUUAUUUACUUCAUACAACUGCCCCCAACCAUAUCUUCUUCUUUAAAAACCAACCCUAGCUUUCUCACACUUCACCACUGAACUCAGCGAGAGAUAGAAAGAGAGAGCUAGAAGAAAAGAAAAACAGAGAGCUUGGGAGAGAACCAGAAAGACAGAGAGAGAAAGAGAUAUGGCAAGGUUGUGCAUUGUGCUGGUUGUUUUUGCCCUAGCUGCAGUUCACACUACAGCAGGUAGGAAUGUCCCUAUGGCGCCGAACGAUGUUGGUUUCAAUGACCAGAAGAACUUCAUAGGAGGCGCUGGUGGCUUCUCUGGAAUUGGUUCUGACGGACUCCCCUUCGGUGGUGCUGGGGCUGGGAUGGGCGGCAAUGUUGGAGGACUUGGUGGUGGUGUUGGGAUUGGUGGAGUUGGCGGACUAGGCAGCACUGGUGGACUUGGUGGUCUCCCUAACUUGGGUGGUACUGGUGGUUUGGGUGGUCUUGGCGGACUAGGUGGUGGUGCUGGAGGACUAGGUGGCCUGGGCGGUGCUGGUGGUCUUGGCGGAGCAGGAGGCACUGGUGGCUUUGGGGGACUUGGUAGCGGAAUUCUGGGUGGUGCUGGGGGAGGUGCUGGAAGUGGAUUCGGCGGUGGUGUUGGUGGUGGAAGCGGUGUUCUUCCUUACCCUUGAAGAUUUCGUUCAAGUUUUAAACUGAUAUUCUUGAUCUAUGUUUCACUCACUAGCUACCUCUCUAAGCUACUUUAUCAUUUGUUCAAGUGUGUUCGGAAGUUGAACUAAUUAUGUUAGUUUUUGUUAUGUUUAAAAUGAUAGUAUUAGUACGUACGUACUAUCUAUUAAGAAGAAAUGCAUGUCUGUUAUGUCCAGUAUUGUUUCUUAAUUUAGUGGAUGAUAUUUCCUAAAUUCG